AUGACAACAAACAAUCUGUUGGACAAGCCCAAUCGAAUUUUUAAUAUUGAUGAAACCGGUAUUACCACAGAUCAUGUGCCACCUAAGAUAGUUUGCAACAAAAACACCUCAGCACAGGCUGUUACAUCUCCAAGGUCAUCCACAAUUACAAUUAUUGCUGCAGGAAAUGCUUUGGGUAACCACAUUCCUCCAUAUUACGUGUUCCCGGGCAAGAGAUGGAUGCCUGCUUUUCUUGAGGGAGCUGUACCAGGAGCAUGCGGUGAGAUGAGUGAAAGUGGUUGGUCAAAUGGUGCAGUAUUUGAAAAUUAUCUGACCAACCACUUUGCACGCCAUGCAGGCAUCACUGAUGACAUAAAUCAGGAACCCACUCUGAUCCUUUUUGAUGGCCAUAAAUCGCACAUACGACUUACUUUGACAAAUUGGGCCCGCCAAAGGAAUGUGAUUUUAUUUCUCCUGCCACCCCAUAGCAGUCAUAUCACCCAGCCACUAGAUGUAGCCAUAUUUGGCCCGCUUAAAAAUAUGUAUUACAGAUAA